GAGACAGAGGAGAUUGAGGGAGUGUUGGAAAUUUGUAAGGCCAUAAACCCUUAUCAUCUUCUCCUUCCUCUUCCUAAACCCUUUCAAGAACAGAAAUUGAGGGUUUUAGCAGAAGAGAUUUACUAAUAAUUUACUCCAUUUUUAUCCUUUGAACCCUAUCUAUCUAUCUAUCUAUCUAUCUAUCUAUCUAUCUAUCUAUCUAUCUAUCUAUCUAUCUAUCUAUCUAUCUAUCUAUCUAUCUAUCUAUCUAUCUAUCUAUCUAUCUUUAUCUUCACCACACUGACUGACUUCAGGCAAAGAAAUACAAUUCAUUUUGAAUAAUAAUGGCUUCUAUAGUAGGUGUUUCUUCACUUUACCAGUUACCUUCUUCUUCAUCUUCAUCUUCUUCUUCUUCUUUUGUUAAAGUAGUGUUUGAUUCAUCCUCUACUCCAUUUCUAUCUCUAGUUAGAAGAAGUUGUAAACAGAAACUUAGAAUUAAACAUACUAUUCCAUGUGCAAUUGCUACUCCUAAUUCAGUCUUAAGUGAAGAAGCUUUUAAAGGUCUUGGUGGUCGAAAAUCUGGUUUCUCGUCAGAUGAUGAUGUUGUACCUGAGCAAUUAUACGACCUUGAUGAUGAUGAGGAUGUUUCUGAAAGCGAUGUUGAAAAGAAAGACGAUGGUGAUGUUCUUGCUCUGGAUAAUUUGGGUUUGCCUACACCUCUAGUUGAAGCUCUUGAGAAGCGUGGUAUUACUCAUCUUUUCCCUAUUCAGAGAGCUGUGUUAGUACCAGCUUUGGAAGGUCGAGAUAUCAUUGCCCGUGCUAAGACUGGGACAGGAAAAACUUUGGCCUUUGGUAUCCCUAUUAUUAAACGUCUCACUGUUGAUGAUGAAGGAAGAAAUAUCCCAAGGCGUUCGGGCCGGCUUCCUAGAUUUCUAGUGUUAGCACCAACGAGGGAGUUAGCUAGCCAAGUAGAGAAGGAAAUAAGGGAGUCAGCACCUUACUUGAAUACAGUCUGUGUUUAUGGAGGAGUUUCUUAUACUUCCCAGCAAAAUGCACUUUCCCGAGGAGUAGACGUAGUUGUAGGAACUCCGGGACGUAUCAUCGAUCUGGUUAAAGGUAACAGCCUCAAGUUGACCGAAGUUGAGUACUUGGUCCUUGAUGAAGCUGAUCAAAUGCUAGCUGUUGGGUUUGAGGAAGAUGUGGAAUGUAUCUUGGAAACUGUUCCAGCUCAACGACAAAGUAUGCUUUUUUCUGCAACCAUGCCUACUUGGGUGAAGAAGUUGUCAAGAAAGUACUUGGAUAAUCCCCUGACUAUCGAUCUGGUUGGUGACCAAGAUGAAAAGCUGGCAGAAGGGAUCAAAUUAUAUGCGUUACCAGCAACUUCAACUUCUAAGCGUACCAUUCUCAGCGAUCUUAUAACGGUCUACGCAAAGGGUGGGAAGGCUAUUGUUUUCACCCAGACUAAGCGAGACGCUGAUGAGGUUUCAAUGGCUUUAACCAGUAGCAUUGCGUCAGAGGCCCUGCAUGGUGAUAUCUCUCAACAUCAGCGAGAAAGAACAUUAAAUGGUUUCCGUCAAGGAAAGUUCACCGUGCUUGUAGCUACAGAUGUUGCAGCUCGUGGACUUGAUAUCCCCAAUGUUGAUUUGAUUAUACACUAUGAACUACCCAAUGAUCCAGAGACCUUUGUACAUCGUUCUGGUCGAACAGGACGUGCUGGGAAAGAAGGCAACGCCAUUCUUAUGUUCACUAGUAACCAGAGAAGAACUGUAAAGUCUCUUGAGCGCGAUGUGGGCUGUCACUUCCAAUUUAUAUCCCCACCAACUAUCGAGGAUGUGUUGGAAGCUUCAUCUGAGCAACUCCUUGCCACUCUCAAUGGGGUUCACCCACAAUCUAUAGAAUUCUUCACUCCUGCUGCACAAAAGUUGAUUGAUGAAAAAGGAACAGCCGCUCUUGCCGCUGCUCUGGCUCACUUAAGUGGUUUCUCCCAACCCCCUUCCUCUCGUUCGCUCAUCAGUCAUGAAAAGGGAUGGGUGACAUUACAGUUCACCCGCGAUCCAAGUGUUGCAAGAGGGUUUCUCUCUGCCAGAACUGUCAUGGGUUUUCUCUCUGAUGUUUAUCCUGCUACUGCUGAUGAAAUUGGAAAGAUAUCCAUAAUUGCAGAUGAAAGGAUUCAAGGCGCAGUGUUUGAUUUGCCAGAGGAGAUUGCAAAGAAACUGUUGAGUAAAGAGAUACCUGCUGGGAACACCAUUUCCAAGAUCAGCAAGUUACCCACGCUGCAAGACGAUGGACCUCCAAGUGACAACUACGGUAGAUUCUCUAACCGUGAUCGAGGUUCCCGAGGAGGUUCUCGGGAACGUGGAGGAGGGUUCAAAAGUUCUCGGGGAGGUUAUGGUGGUGGUGGACGCAGCUCUGAUGAUGAAGGUGGAUACCCCCGACGUGGAGGCCGUAGCUUCAGAUCGGAUGACAAUUAUUCAAGAAGCUCUAGAUCUAGUGGUGGUGGGGAUGAUUGGCUAAUUGGUGGCGGUAGUGGUAGAGGACGACCAAGCAGGUCAUCAUCUUUCAGGGGUGGCAGGGACAGUGGUUUUGGAGGGGCGUGCUUCAGUUGCGGACAGUCUGGACACAAGUCUUCAGAGUGCCCAAGCAAGAGAUCUUACUAGAGAGUCCUGUCACUCUUACCAUUUCCCUUCUCAUCAUGAGGCUCUUAAAAUUCAAAGUCAAAAUCAGUCGGAGUCUACAUCUGCUGCUAUGAAGGGUAAAUGCAAUCUAUAUUUUGGUUGGGGAUGUUGUGAUUUACACAGUUUUCGACUCAUAACACGGUCCCAGGGGAUAAUAAUUGAAGAAUGACGUGCCGAGUUGUCUGUAUCUGUGGCUGUGUAUGUAUAUGUAUUUGUGCACCAUUAUUCCUGUAGUUUUGCCAAGGAAAAAGGUGAUGGGAAAUUCACUGUGGUUGGUGGUGCAGCUGCUUAGGAUUAGAUUUAACUUUUUCAUGUCUAAGAUGAUUCUUAACUAGUUUUUUCUCAUAAUAAAGAUAUAGUUGCUUUACCAUU